AUGGCUCGCAGGACGUUCCAUGUUGAAAAGAGUGUUUAUUUCGUGAUCGUCGUUGACGAGCUGCCAAGACGACUCGGAGAAAGAAACUCGAGGUCAAAACCAACCCCUAGUCUGCUUACCGAUCCUGUUGGUCGAAAUUGCUUCGAGCUUCUUUGGGUGGACGUUUAUCAUCCGUCUCGCAUCUACACCGGCGCCAGCGAGAAAUGUGGCCAAUCUUCCCCUCCGGAAACGUUGCCACUUCUGCCGCUACCAGUGGCUGUUAGCGACGAUAGCUUUCCUACGACGACGAUGGAUUUCAAGAGUUCAUAA